CUUCUAUUCCCAAAAGAUUUCUUUUCCUCUUUCGCGCAUUCCAAGUACUGAGAAGAAAGUCAGAGAUCGUUGAGAGAGAAGAUGAUGCAGAGACUGUUCAAUAGAGGCUCUGCCUCUAGAGACGCCAUGGAUACUUCUCCACAAUCCAUCCCUCACUCUCCUUCUCCCUCUUCUACUAUCGUUGCUACGGGCCCCGCGAGGCCGUUGCGUCUCGUUUACUGCGACGAGAAAGGAAAGUUCAGGAUGGACCCUAAGGCCGUUGCCACACUUCAGCUUGUGAAAGGGCCUAUAGGGGUUGUCUCCGUAUGCGGUCGAGCUCGUCAAGGCAAGAGCUUUAUAUUAAACCAGCUUCUUGGGAGAAGUACAGGAUUUCAAGUUGCAUCAACCCAUCGGCCUUGCACCAAAGGACUUUGGAUGUGGAGUGCUCCCUUAAAGAUGACUGCGCUUGACGGAACAGAAUACAGUCUUGUACUUUUGGAUAGUGAAGGCAUUGAUGCGUAUGAUCAAACGGGAACUUACAGUACCCAGAUAUUCUCCUUGGCUGUUCUCUUAUCUAGCAUGUUCAUCUACAACCAGAUGGGUGGUAUUGAUGAAGCUGCACUUGAUCGUCUAUCUCUUGUCACUGAAAUGACUAAACAUAUCCGUGUUAGAGCUUCUGGAGGAAGGACUACAGCAUCUGAGCUUGGGCAGUUCUCCCCAAUAUUUGUUUGGCUUCUUAGGGACUUUUAUUUAGACUUAGUAGAGAAUGAUAGGAGAAUAACACCACGUGAUUACCUAGAGCUUGCCUUGAGGCCAAUGCAAGGGAGUGGAAAAGACAUAGCUGCAAAAAAUGAGAUCCGAGAGUCAAUUCGUGCUCUUUUCCCAGAUAGAGAAUGCUUCACCCUUGUUCGGCCACUUAACAAGGAAAAUGAUCUUCAACGACUUGAGCAAAUCCCUUUAGACAAAUUACGCCCAGAAUUUAGAUCUGGCUUGGAUGCAUUAACAAAGUUUGUUUUCGAGAGAACCAGGCCCAAGCAAGUGGGAGCUACAAUAAUGACGGGCCCUGUUCUUGCUGGUAUAACACAAUCUUUUCUGGAUGCUAUUAAUAACGGUGCAGUACCUACAAUCUCUUCCUCAUGGCAGAGUGUUGAAGAAGCAGAAUGUCGUAGAGCAUUUGAUUCAGCUACGGAGGUCUAUAUGUCUGCUUUUGACCGCUCAAGGCCUCCCGAUGAAGUUGCUUUAAGGGAAGCACAAGAGGAAGCGGUUCAAAAAGCACUUGUUUCAUUUAACGGUAGUGCUGUUGGAGCUGGUUCAGCAAGACAGAAGUAUGAGAAGCUUCUUCAGAACUUCUUCAGAAAGGCUUUUGAGGACUACAAAAGGAAUGUAUUUAUGGAGGCUGAUUUAAAAUGUUCAGAAACUAUACAAAACCUGCAAAAGAAAUUACGAGCUGCUUGUCAUAUUCCUGAUGCAAAAAUUGAUCACAUAAUCAAGUUUCUUGAUGACCUGGUAUCUGCAUAUGGAAAGGCAUCUCAUGGCCCCGGAAAGUGGCAGAAGCUGGCAAGCUUCUUACAGCAGAGUUUGGAAGGUCCAAUACAUGACCUUAUGAAGAAGCAGUUGAACCAAAUUGGAUCGGAGAAGAGUGCUCUCACAUUGAAAUGCCACUCAAUUGAAGACAAGUUGGGGUUGCUUAACAAGCAACUGGAAGCAAGUGAGAAGCACAAAGCUGAGUAUCUGAGGCGUUAUGAGGAUGCCAUCAAUGAUAAGAAGAAGCUUGCUGAUGAAUAUAUGAGUCGCAUUACAAAUUUACAGAGCAAGUGUAGCUCACUGGAGGAGAGGUGUUCAACUUUAUCAAAAACGCUGGAUUCUGCCAGCAUGGAAUCCUUGGAAUGGAAAAGAAAAUAUGAUCAGAUGUUUGCAAAGCAAAAAGCUGAGGAAGAUCAAGCCCAUUCAGAAAUAUCUGUUCUUAGGUCCAGGACCAGUGCUGCUGAAGCGAGACUUGCUGCUGCUCGUGAACAUGCUCAGUCUGCUCAGGAGGAGGCCGAGGAGUGGAAACGGAAGUUUGACAUUGCUGUUAGAGAGACCAAGGCUGCUCUGGAGAAAGCAGCAGCAGUGCAGGAACGGACAAUUAGGCAGACACAACAAAGGGAGGAUACUCUGAGGAAAGAAUUCUCAGCCACUUUGGCUGAAAAGGAAGAGGAAAUUAAUGACAAGAUAGUGAAGAUUGAACACGAUGAGCAGCGAUUGAUUACAUUGAAUUUAGAGUUGAAGGCUGCGGAGUCAAAACUGAAGAGCUAUGACUUGGAAACAUCAGCGUUUAAACUUCAAAUCAAAGAGUUGGGUGAGAAGCUAGAUACCGCGAAUGCUACUGUUCAAUCAUAUGAGAGAGAAGUCAGGAUACUGGAACAAGAAAAGAACCAUCUGGAGCAAAAGUAUUCGUCUGAGUUGAAAAGGUUUGAAGAAGUCCAGGAAAGGUGCAAAAUUGCUGAGAAAGAGGCUAAGAGAGCGACUGAGCUGGCUGAUAAAGCACGAGCUGAAGCGGUCAGUGCUCAAAAGGAAAAUAGUGAAUCUCAGAAGUUAGCAAUGGAACAAUUGGCCCAAAUUGAGAGGGUUCAAAGGCACAUCGAGAGCCUGGAAAGACAGAAAGCUGACCUGGUGGAUGAAGUAGAGAAGUUCCGUGUCUCUGAGAUGGAUACCCUGUCCAAGGUUACUCUACUGGAGGCUAGGGUUGAAGAGAGGGAGAAGGAAAUUGAGUCACUUUUGAAAUCAAACAAUGAGCAGAGGGCAAGUACCGUUCAGGUUCUUGAGAACCUUCUGGAGAAUGAACGAGCAGCAAGAGCAGAGGCAAGCAGGAGGGCUGAAGCCCUAUCGGUGCAGCUACAAUCCACCCAGGGUAAAUUAGAUCUUCUCCAACAGGAGUUGACUUCAGUUCGUCUGAAUGAAACAGCGUUGGAUAGUAAGCUCAAGACUACUUCACAUGGGAAGCGUUUGAGGGUCGAAGACUAUGAUGUAGCAGUUGAAUCUGUCCAAGAUAUGGGAGUUGACAACGUAAUCAGAGAAAGGAAAAGAUCAAAGAGCACAACCAGCCCUUUGAAGGUGACACAAUGCGAAGAUGGGGGUUCAGUUUUUAAGGUUGACGAGGAUAACAAUCACAGCCAGCAAAAUGAGUCAGAGGUUUAUACCAAGUUCACUGUCCUGAAACUGAAGCAAGAGCUCACAAAACAUGGUUUUGGGGCAGAGCUGCUUCAGUUAAAGAAUCCCAACAAGAAGGACACACUUGCUUUAUAUGAAAAACAUGUCCUACAGAAGUAGUACCUGACUCUAGUGUAGACUUGUAUAGGGCAACACUGUAAUCUACCAUUCACUGAUAUAUCAACUCAUACUUGGGAGGAGUUGAGGUUUCUUCAAAUGGGGAUCAUUUUAGGAAGCGUCCCACCUUAGCCAAGUGCAGGGUUAAGAGGAAAUUUUUUUUAGUGUGAUAUGCAGGUUAUUUAUUCAGAAGAAUUAGCUUCAUUAUUUUAUACUUCGUUUUGUGUGGUCGUUGGGUCUGGAAUGUUUGUGUGCAUUGCUUGAUUGGCAUCUUCCAGAAUGGUUCAUUUGAGAAGGUAUGAUUCUUAAAGCUGGAAGAGGAUAGUUUCACUUCA